CCAUUAGCACUGACCAUGACCCUUCACACCAAAACCUCUGGAGUUACCCUGCUGCACCAGAUUCAAGGCACUGAACUGGAGACACUGAGCAGACCUCAGCUGAAGAUUCCCCUGGAAAGAUCGCUCAGCGACAUGUACGUGGAGAGCAACAAGACAGGAGUUUUCAACUACCCAGAAGGAGCCACUUACGAUUUUGGUACUACGGCUCCAGUGUACAGCUCUACUACUCUCAGUUAUGCCCCUACUUCUGAAUCUUUUGGGUCCAGCAGUCUGGCAGGAUUUCACUCACUGAACAAUGUCCCACCAAGCCCAGUCGUGUUCUUGCAAACGGCACCCCAGCUCUCACCCUUCAUCCACCAUCACAGCCAACAGGUACCCUAUUACCUUGAAAAUGAACAGGGCAGCUUUGGGAUGAGGGAAGCUGCUCCUCCAGCCUUCUACAGGCCAAGCUCUGAUAACAGGCGCCACAGCAUCCGGGAGAGGAUGUCCAGUACCAAUGAGAAAGGGAGCCUGUCCAUGGAGUCCACCAAGGAGACCCGGUACUGUGCUGUCUGCAACGACUACGCUUCAGGCUACCAUUAUGGGGUCUGGUCUUGUGAGGGCUGCAAAGCUUUUUUCAAAAGGAGUAUUCAAGGGCACAAUGACUACAUGUGUCCUGCUACUAACCAGUGCACCAUUGACAAGAACAGAAGAAAGAGUUGCCAGGCUUGCCGACUACGAAAAUGCUAUGAAGUGGGAAUGAUGAAAGGUGGAAUCCGGAAAGACCGCAGAGGUGGGCGAAUGAUGAAACAAAAACGUCAAAGAGAGGAGCAGGAUUCCAGGAAUGGGGAGGCUUCUUCUACGGAGCUGCGAGCUCCUACCCUUUGGACAAGUCCACUGGUGGUUAAACAUAACAAGAAGAACAGUCCAGCCCUGUCCCUGACAGCAGAACAGAUGGUCAGUGCCUUGCUGGAAGCUGAGCCACCCAUAGUUUAUUCUGAAUAUGACCCAAAUAGACCAUUCAGCGAAGCCUCUAUGAUGACCCUGUUGACCAACCUUGCAGACAGAGAAUUAGUGCACAUGAUCAACUGGGCAAAGAGAGUUCCAGGAUUUGUGGAUUUAACACUCCAUGAUCAGGUCCAUCUACUGGAAUGUGCCUGGUUAGAGAUACUGAUGAUUGGCUUAGUCUGGCGCUCCAUGGAACACCCAGGAAAGCUUUUAUUUGCACCUAACCUAUUAUUGGACAGGAAUCAAGGGAAAUGUGUAGAGGGCAUGGUGGAAAUCUUUGACAUGCUGCUGGCUACUGCUGCUCGGUUUCGCAUGAUGAACCUUCAAGGGGAGGAAUUUGUGUGCCUUAAGUCCAUCAUCCUGCUCAAUUCUGGUGUGUACACUUUUCUUUCCAGCACCUUGAAAUCUCUGGAAGAGAGAGACUAUAUUCACCGUGUUCUGGACAAAAUCACAGACACUCUGAUACACUUAAUGGCUAAGUCGGGUCUUUCUCUGCAGCAGCAACACAGACGACUGGCUCAGCUCCUCCUCAUCCUCUCUCACAUCAGACACAUGAGCAACAAAGGAAUGGAGCACCUGUACAACAUGAAAUGUAAAAAUGUAGUUCCACUCUAUGAUCUCUUGCUGGAGAUGCUGGACGCUCACCGACUGCAUGCCCCAGCAGCCAGGAGUUCUGCACCGAUGGAAGAGGAGAACCGGAGCCAGCUGACAACUGCAUCAGCUUCAUCUCAUUCCUUACAGUCUUUUUAUAUAAACAGCAAAGAGGAGGAGAAUAUGCAGAAUACAAUAUAA